GGGGUGGGAGGCAUGGGGAAGCGCCGUAAAAAGGCGAUCAGAUCGCACUUUUUGAGUCCCCGGAUCAUAUCCUUCGCGGUUUAUGUGGCUGCGCAAAGGAAAAGAUGAAUCCUAUAAUCUCCCUUUGAUCAUAACUUUGGCUCUCUCUCUCGACAACACUCCUCCCCUCAGCUAGUCACUCUCAUUCCAUUUGGGGCUUUAUCUCGAGCAGAUAGUAACUCGCGUGUCUGGACCGUAUUUCUUUCUCUUAAAUAGCCUCGAUUUCCAGUCAAUCCCCCCAAACCCCAACCCAACCCUUUGAUACCCAUAUUCCAGCGGGGGAAUCAAUAUGCCAUUAUCUUCUUUACCACUUCCUCCUCCGCCACUCAUCCAUGGAAAGAACUCCAAGACUUUCUCUUCACCGCCUAUGGAUGGCUCGCUCACCGUACCCCAAUUGAUCGACUGGCAAGCCGAACACAGUCCUAACCAUCCUCUCUUCGUCUUCGACGAUGGUCCCAAUAAAGUUUGGAUCACCUGGUCCAAAGUUCGUAUCGCUAUCGAAAGAGCUGCUCGUAUCGUUCGUGCUUUGAACGUCCCUAGACUCGGUACUUCCAGCAAGAUCAUCGGUAUCCUCGCAUCCAUAGAUUCCAUCUCUUAUUUCACCUUGUUUCACUGUAUCAUGCGUGCAGGGUACAUCCCCUUUGCACUCAGUCCACGUAACUCUCCCUCUUCGGUCGCUCAUUUACUCACAAAAACGAACGCGACUCAUGUGUUCGUCAGUGGUGAUCCGAAUAUGCAAGCUCUUUGGGCUGCUUCUGAAAAGGUUCUUCAUGGAGGUGGUCAGCUUGUGUGUAAGGCCGUUAUGACGCCUUUUUAUGAUAUCCUGUAUGAGGAUAAACCGGAUGGGCGUACGAUCCCUGCACCUGGUGCAGAUCUUAACUCCACUGGAAUGUUACUCCAUUCAUCGGGUUCCACCGCUUUCCCCAAACCCAUCUCGAUCCUCCACCGUUCAAUCGUCGAAUUCAUCCGAAUCCCAUCCUACGGUGAACUAGACCUAUGUUCCAAAAUCAUCGGUGCCACAACUCUACCCAUGUUUCACGCUCUCGGUUCGAUGAACGCCAUUCAAAUGAUCGGAUGCGGUGCCAUCCUGUCCGUUUUCAAACCUGAAGAAAGACCUUCGUUCCCUUCUCCUGAAAGGGUCAUCGAGAGUUUGUUGAAGACCCCCGUUCAUAUCUUGUUUACUAUGCCCAGUUUUUUGGAGGCUUGGAGUUUGAAGAGCGAGUGGAUUGAGGUGUUGAAACGGUCGAGGAUCGUGGCUUACUCUGGUGGACCGCUCAGCAAAGUCGUAGGGGAUAGCCUCGCCGCAGCAGGCGUUCCUGUCUACCCUUUCUACGGAAUUACCGAAACUGCAGGCGUGAACAUCUUCAUCCCUGCAAAGCUUGAUCUCGAAGCGUGGGAAUACUGGCGUUUCUCGAAACACAUCCACGUUUCGUUGAAACGGCAAGAGGAUAGCGAUGCGGUAGAGUUCAGAGCUCUGCGUGGUCCAACGCAUACGCCCUCUGGGAUAAACUCUGAAUUCGAUGGAGAGAUGGGCCUUUCGACCAGUGAUUUGUUGUUGGAACAUCCGACGAAGAAGGGGUAUUAUAGCAUUUAUGGACGUGCAGAUGAUCAGCUUAUGUUGAGCACUGGGGAGAAGACAAAUCCUGGUCCACUAGAGGCUAUCAUCUCCAGGGAUCCACUCAUUCAAGGUUCAGUGAUGUUCGGUCGUGGGAAACCACACAACGGAGUCAUCAUCACUCCUGCCCCACACCUUUCCCUCGAUAUAAGCGAUAAAGAGAAAGUGGCUGCGUAUGUAGAUUCAAUUUGGCCUUCGGUUCAGCUAGCAAAUGAAUAUGCACCGUCGCAUUCGAGAUUAUUCAGGGAGAUGAUCAUCCUUGCUAAACCUGAGAAGCCUUUCACCUUCACCGGAAAAGGGUCUAUUCGAAAAUCAGCCGUUAUCAAAGAUUACGAUGAAGAGAUAGAAACCGUCUACAAAACUCUCGAGAAAGCGGUUUCUUCAAAGGCUAGUGUCAACCCUCCGACCAUAUGGACCAAAGAAAGCAUGCAUACGUUUGUGCGGGAUGUCGUCACCGGCGUAAUGGGAACCAAGAUUGGAGAUGAUCAAGAUAUAUUUCAGAAUGGAAGCGAUUCUCUUCAAGCGACCUUUAUGCGGAAUUCUAUCGUGACCGCUCUUCGUGACACGAAGGCAAAGGACGUUAAAGGGGAACUCAUCGACACUUCGUUAUUUUCUUCUGGUUUGAUCUAUCAAGCACCUACGAUCGAUUUGCUCGCUGAAGCUCUCUAUGGGCUUUUCGAUCCUUCCUCAGUUUCCUCCACGACUGACUUUGCCGAGAACAAGAUCGCUGAGCUCCGAGCGUUCGUUGAUCGAUACGCUUCGGAUCUACCCAUUCACAAACCAACGGAUCCUGCUCCGGGUUCGGGUCCAGGGAACAGCGAGGUGAUCGUCGUCACUGGAACGACGGGUGCGUUGGGUACUGCGAUAUUGGCGCAGUUGACGAAGAUGUCGACGGUCGUCAAAGUUUAUGCGUUGAACCGGGUCAAUUCGAAAAGUGGGGGGAAGACGCUUCGGAAGAGGCAGGAGGAGAGUUUGAUCGAGAGAGGGUAUGAUCCGAAGGCGGUGUUGGGGUCGGGUAAGGUCGAGCUUUACGAGAUUGAUCCGAUCUCUUGGGAUCUUGGGCUGGACGGUUAUGCGUAUGAGACUAUACGGCAUACUGCGACUACCAUUAUCCAUACAGCCUGGCGUGUGGAUUUCAAUCUUGCCGUUUCUUCGUUUGAACCUCUUUUCCAAGGUCUUCGAUGCCUCGUUGACCUCUCCCUCUCAUCUUACCUUCCAACUCCUCCAAAAAUCCUCUUUGCGUCCUCCGUCUCUGUGCUUGGCACGAUCACUUCUGAUGCCCCCGCAGCGGAAGUGCACGUCAAUGACCCUCGCACCGUGUUGAACGCCGGUGGUUAUGGAGAGUCCAAGUGGGUUGCGGAACAGAUCCUUGCUCGCGUAGCGCAGGAGACCCCACUCAAACCGGUCGUCGUGCGCGUUGGACAACUCAGUGGUGGGAAGAAUGGCUCGUGGAAUACGUCGGAGUGGAUUCCCGCUAUUGUCAAAUCGGGUGAAGUCGUAAGAGCUCUUCCUGCCGUUAAUGAUAGAGUAUCGUGGCUCCCGAUGAACGUUGCUGCUUCGGCUUUCAUCGAUUUCCGUAACACCACGAGCGGUCUAGUUCACCUUUCUCAUCCUUACCCUACAACUUGGACUGAGAUCUUCUCCCCUAUCGCCAAAGCACUUCGUGUGCCUCUCGUCCCUUAUUCCCAGUGGCUCGAACUUCUCGAGAAGGAUCUUGCCAACCCCUCGCACUCCGAAGUUGAAGCUGCGACUGCCAACCCGGUUUUACGUCUCAUCGAUAUGUUCCGUCCUUUCAAGGAUGGGAUGCCCGUUACCAAGGCGCGAGAGGCUAUGGGCGUACCUGUGCUUUCUAACGUGAAAGCUGUGAAGGCUAGCCCUGCGCUUCGACGGGAGAACUUGAGGAGUCUUGGUAAGGAGGAUGCUUUGGGUUGGUUGAGGUAUUGGAGGGAGAAGGGAUUCGUUUCGAGUGAACUGCACCUUGAGGAGGAUGCGGCACCAUGGGUAGGAGAGAAAGCGUCCAUUCGUCUGACGACGACGACAACUGAGCAGGUAAAGGUAACGCCGCCAGAAGCGGAGUACAGCCUGCCAUGGAUAGCGGUCGGGUUGUUAUGGGCGGCUACUUACUGGAUUAAUGUUUAAUGUUCGACCCUUCUGUCGUGUGGACAUCGUGAUAAAUAUUUUGAUCUCACCGUUCUCUAUUGGAGCAUUCCUCAAUCAUCCUCGAUUGGAUACCAAUACUCUCUAACUCUGUGCAUUAUCCUUCCCCCUAUUUUUGCAGUGUAUUCAGUAGCUAAUCCUUGACUCGAUCCCGCAUAUGUAGUUCCCUGGCUAGGUUGUACCACCAGUUAUAUCACAUGGCCACAUGAGUUCCCAUCAAAUGUACGGACAGGCUGUCUACCGUGUUAGCACAUUACGUAU